AUGGCGCCGCGAGACGAAGUGGACCACAGCGUGGUCUACCACGAUGAUGUUGCCGAGGCCAACAAGAUUGGGGUUGCCGUUGAAGAUGUCACCGCUACUCGAAUUUCAGAGGAGGAUGUGAUGCGCAAGUCUGCCGAAGCUCUGAGUCUGCGAUCCAAGACUGGCCUGCGCAUCCUGAUGUAUGUGCUCAUCAUGGGCGCGAACCAGGCUGGCUACGGCAUCGACUGGGGUGUGAUCAGCAGUAUCAACUCCAACCCUCGAUGGCACGAUUACUACGGAUUUCCCGACGCCGGUCCCAUCAUCUCCACCAUCAACGCCCUCAUGCAAAUUGGCAGCUUUGUUGGUGCCCCGUUUCUUGCUACUGCCGAUAUCAUUGGACGUCGUGGCGUCAACUUCGUCGGCAACGCUCUCGUUCUGAUUGCUGCUAUCAUGCAAGCCAUGGCCCCUAACCUCGCCUGCCUCAUGGUCGGCCGUCUCGUCCUCGGCUUCGGUACUGCGCUGUGCACAGCUCCCCAAUACGUCGCCGAGGUCGCGCCCGUCCAUCUUCGUGGUCGCAUUGUCGGUGUGUUCGGUGCCUUCUUCCAAGUCGGUUCUCUUGGCAUCAUCGGCAUCAUGAUGGGUCUCACUUCCUGGGAGGGCACCGACUGGCAGUGGCGUGUCGCCUUCUUCCUGCAGGCCGUCUUUCCCCUGAUUGUCUGCAUCGGCCUCUACACCGUCUGUCCAGAGUCCCCGCGUUAUCUAAUCAUGAAGGGCAAGAAGGAGAAGGCCCGUGAGAUGAUUGCGAAGUACAUGACCACGCAUAACGACAUCAACCAUGAAAUCGUCGAUAUCCUGGUUAACCAGAUCGAAGAGUCUAUCGAGACUUCCAAAGCCGGUUUCCGGGCGACUUGGGACUUCCGCGUCUUCUUCACGCGCAGCGUAUGGUACCGUACUCUGGUGCUUGCCGUAUACGCCGUCUUCCAGCAGUGGAAUGGCGGUGGCAUCAUCGGCCUGUACCUCUCGCCUGCGCUGAAGACGGUCGGCAUCAACGAUCAGCUUGACCAACUGGGCAUCAAUCUGGGGUUGACUGCCAUCUACUUUGUUUUUACACUCUUCGGAGCCUGGAUCAUUGACUUCUUCCGGCGUCGUACGCUCAUUUUCGCCGGCUUGAUUAGCAUCAUCAUUGCCCAGAUCGCCGUCACCAUUACGAGCUGGCAGUUCGACGUGACCGGCGGCCAGAAGUCUACGGCUAUCCUAACUGUCGUUUGGAUCUACUGUUUCCAGAUUUGCAGCGCCUCAUUCAUCGCCACGAUGCACAACCUGUACCCGGUCGAGCUGCUCUCUCUGCCGCUCCGUGCCAAGGGCAUGGGUCUCUUCGCCAUGUUCCAGGCCAUCGCUGCUGUUAUCCACAGCUACGGCAUCGGAAUUGGCGUCGGAAAGAUUGGAUACAAGAUCUGGGCCGUGUACAUUGUGUACAACUUCCUGCAGGUCAUUGUCAGUUACUACCUCUUCCCGGAGACGAGCAAGCUCAACCUUGAGGAGAUUGACAACAUCUUUGAGACACCCGGCACGAAUCCUGUUAAGCUAAGUAUCAAGAUUGCGAAUGCCAAGAGGGAGAAGGAGAAGCUUGAGCGUGAAACUGUCACUACUGCGUUGUAG